UCGCUGUCCCAUUGUUAUUUUCAACGUCCCCUCGCCAGCUGGAUCGGAUUCCCGCUUUCCCCUCCGCUUGAUGCUUGUGUCAUUGACGAUCAACUAUGGCAAUUGGGCAUCCGUAUUAUCCAGACCCCCCGCGAUUUUAACCGCAAGCGGCCAGACCUCGUUCGAGCUCGUUGGACCGGCGCCUCUUUCCUUUGUCUCGGUUUCUGUCUUCAAAUUCUCGUCAGAUCUCAGUCUUGGCGAUGUCUCCUCCAGAUGUAAAUACAGAAUCAAUUCACGAAGACCUCACUCUUCACUUACCGCAACACUUGACCGAACACGUUAUUCGACACUUCAUGUCGUCGCAUUGCCGUCGCACGGAUUGCAGAUGGCUCUCCUUGUCAAACCUCACGAACUACACAGGUGCCCCGCCAUUGCUCCCGGAUGCAGAUAUUUCAGGUAUAGGAGCCAUCCUCGGGUUCUCGAUAACAUCAUACCUAACUCUAUUGCUGCUUAUCGUUAACUAUGCCUUCGUGUUCGACCCUCACAGAUGGGGCGAGAAUGGCAGGAGAUAUACGAAUCCGCUGGAUUUGAAGCUGCUAGGCUUCAUACGGAAUGGCUCCGUCUUGAUUCUCAGCGAUACCCAACUCGUCACCGGGCUUGCGAUCCUAUCGAGCGGCUACUCUCAGUUAAACUGUGGCAUCUCAGCGUAUCACUGGCAAAUCAUGGUCUACGUCGCAUGGUUCGCCUCUUUUUCCUUCAUCAGCGCAAUGACCUUUCUCCAAGCCUUCUUCCAAGCCAAUCAUAGCCUGAGGAUUAUUCGAGUCUGCUUCAUGUUUGUCCUCGCCACCAUGUUGAUCGUUGCUCUCCUCCCGACCGGCAGCCAGAAUUGGAUGGAUCUUGCAUGCAAAGAAGGCGAAGGUUGUUUCUUUCCUUCCCUGCAAGCAAAAUGCUACUACCGCCAAAUGAUCACAAACAAGUUCGACAAUGGGCAUACCAAGAUAUACUCCAUGGUUGUGUCUAUUUUGGUUGUCAGCCUGAGUUACAUCAACUGUGGUGUCAAGAUGUUUGAUCCGACAUCUGCAGUCACCAGGCGAUACAUUCGAGUCUGGCCUGGAAGACAGAUCAAACGCGUUCUUCGCAGGAUGGUUAGGUCGUCGGAGAAGAGCAUGUGGGCCAAUAUUAUUCUACGACUACCCUACUUGGCACUAUAUUCAGCCUUCACAAGUGCUCGCGCGCUGUGUGAUACCGUAGAAUCAAUGCUUGGAGAGAUUCUAUGGCUAUCCUUCGCCAUCGCAUGGGGCACCAUCAAAGUCUGGACAACUCGCACUUCCUCGCAUUACGACUCUCGUGGCUUCAACACCAACGCAAAUCCAGACGUUCUAUCAGAGGAUUCCUGGUCAUUUGGCCAAACCCUCCCCCUAAUUCUCCUCCUCUUACCCGUGCUAUCAAUGGCCCAGGUCUACUUUGACAAGGACACCCGAAUCCUCGAAGCGUCAAACAACGAGAAUUGGAUCCGCGAAACCGGUAUCCGUGACCCCGAGAAGACGCCCACGCCCUGUGGCCCCAGGCCACCUGCCUCAGUCUCUCUAUCCUCUGUCUCCAUCGGCCACGCUGCCGGCGCCAGGACGUACGAUGCUCAUAACACGCCCAAGCACCCCAGCACCGCCAUCGAUGACAGGACUCUCGACAGCACAUGCGCGUGUCCUAUAGCCCGCUGCACCCACCACCCCUCUGCUUGCUCGUCCCCACAACCGUCUCUCCACUCUUCUUCAUCACGUUCUUCUUUAUCACGUGCCACCUCCCCUUCCCUAUCUCCCUCAUUCGCUCCCUCCCCCACCCACGCACCCUUCCCCACCUACCUAGACCCCGACACCAACCCAUACGACCUACCUUUCUACACCGACCAUCUCACCCUCUGGCUCCUCCAACUCUGUUUCCUCGCCGCCUUCAUCCUCUGGCUGCUCAACGCCACCGAGAAUAUCCUGGGCAUAAGUUUCUUCUUCCGCAAUCGGCUGUUCAUUAUCUGGAUCUUUGGGAUUCUGCCGAGUAGUCUGUUUCUACAUUUGGCGUUUUGGAUGCUAGGCGGGUGGGCAUGGGAGGGGGUGAGAGGGGAGAGGGUAUGGCGGUGGUGGGUGGGAAAAAGAUCUGAGGGGAGAAGGGAAAGAUGGAGGAGGGUAGGGAAGGGGGUGUAUGCGGUGCUUAGGGCGGGACUGGUGGCGGGGCUGGUGACGUAUACAUUUUUGCUGAGCUUUGAGGCCGGGGGGCCGGAGGCGUUGGUUAUUAGUCUUGAGGAUUUGGGGUAG